AGUAGUCCAAGCGAGAGAUAACUAGAGCAUGUCUCUGGUGAGACAGUCAGUGGGCAGGGAGGGUCUCAGCCUGCGUACCAGGUGGAGCUGGUAGACAGCUGCCCUGCACACAGAAUUGACCUGUGCCUCCAUGGAGAGCUGCGAGUCCAAAAUGACUCCUGCACACCUGGUCCUUCAGGGGCACAGUUGCCCCAUUCAAGGAGACCAUACUCGGACCGGGACCUGUUUGCUUUCCGCUGGAGCAAAGGUCUCCCAGCACGUCAAUCAUUAACCCCAACCCCACAGGCUGCCUGUUUGCAAGGUAAACCCCAAAGGGAACGAGGCGCACCUCUGUUUUGCUCCUCCAGGUUGGGGGUGGAGGGAGGGAGGCACAUGGCAAAUUGAUUUCAUGUCGCUUCAUUUCCAAUAUUUAUAUGCCACCUAAUGGCAAAGAUUGUGUGGGUGGCUAACGAGUAAAAGUCAAAUACACGCGACGGAAAACAGAAAGCGAGAGCACAGAAUGAAGCCAGCCUCAGGGAGUGACGUCAGGGAAUGACACAAAACUUGCAUCUUCUUCCACUAACCCUGAAAAAUGCAGAAGAUGGUGGCUAUUGCUCAGUGUGGAAGGAAAAGCACUCCGGACAUGCUCAGGAGCAACAACAACAACAACAACAACAACAAUAAUAAUAAUAAUACUUUAUUAUUUGUACUCUGCCCAUUGACUGGGUUGCCCCAACUAUUCUAAGCGGCUUCCAGCAUAUAUAAAAACAUAGCAAAAUAUGAAACCUUCCCAAUUAUUGCUGCCUGUGUCCUUUUUUUCGGUGGUGGCGGCGCGUGUGCAAAGACUUCCUUUUGUAACGUAUAUAAAACAGAGAGAACAGAGAAAGCAACAGAUCUAAAGGCGAGAAACGAAAACUUUGAAGCAAGUCCCGUAGGAUGAGCCCGGCUGCACGUGGGCGAAAAGUCCAACAAAGGAUAUCAGCGGGAUCUGAUGAUGAUCGGGUCUCGUUCAAGGUUCGCCAGGCUGGCCCUGAAAGCGAUGCUUCUUCCGCUGUAUUCAGGAACGCCGGAUCAUACCCUCCUGGCUCCAUUCCGGGGGCGGCUGCCACGUGUCUCCCGAGACGGAUCCGCGCCACAUCCUGAGCUGGGCAGGUCCAGUCCCAUCCCGGCGGAGAUGUCAAAGCGCCCUUGCCAAAGCUCAGAGUCAGGCCCUAGGCAGGGGGCAGCCGGGUGUCCCUGCGUGGGACCCUGUCCCUGGAGACGGGGGCUGGGCAGAGGUCGCCGCCCCCUCCCCACCCGCGGCCUUCACCCUCCUCUCGUCCCCGACUGAUAAGGAAGCCUUAUCUCCCCACCUGAGCAGACAGCCCCGGUCAGGGUGCAAAGGGAGGCCGGGGAAGGACGCGGCCGCGGCAGGAGCGCCAGGGUGCCGGGCAUGGGGGCCACGGGGUGGACUCGCACCCGUCUCUGCCGCCUGGCCUGCACCGUGGGGGUCUUCUUUCUCCUCCUCCUCUGCUUCUCCAGCCUCCGCUUCCGUAAGUCGAGGGUCGGGGGUCGGGGGGGGGCGUGCUGUGGCCUUUCGCUUCUCCUGGAAUCUCCUUUUCCAACUCUCAGAUUCAUUCUGCAGCCAUUUGCAAUUGUUAUUUAAAGGGGGGGCGCAGACAAAAGCUUUCCUACUAAAACUGGGGCUCUUCCAGGCUGCCAGGGGUGAGGGAGGUCAAUAUUGCAAACGGGCCUCUGGGGAGCCCCCCACCCUAACAGGGGUCUCAUUUCCGACCUUCCGCUGUCCACCUGCAAUUGCUUUGUUCUGGGUUUGAGUCUUCACCUAACAAUUCUGUGUGUUUUCUCUGCCUCCCUGCCCCUGUGGGUCUCGCAUUGCCUGCUCUCGGUGCCGCAGCAGAGCUGCCGAACUCCACCUGCGUUUGGGGGGUCCGUCCGUGCCGCUGGUUUGGGGGGAUGCCGCUCAGCAAGGAGGAUGCAGAGAGGAAGGUGAGAACCCGGAACGCCCCCAACUCAGCUGCUCCCAGUUUUGGAAUGGAGUUCAGUGGGAAUUUGCUCAUGUUUUAAAAUCCAAAAAUGCCGAGAGUUUUGCAGUGCUUGGAUUUCCACUAAGCGUGCGAUGUAAUCUACUGGAGCAGUCAAGUACAACAUUACCUGUUGUGCUAGAGUGGACAUGCAGGGGAUGUUGGUCCAGCCAGUUGAACUUCCUGUUACACCUGGCUGGAGCAUCCUUCCUUUGCAUGUGACUAGUGGGUGGGCAUGCUCUGGUCCAGGGGGUCAUGAAGAGUCGGACAUGACUAAACGACUAAACAACAGCCAAGUAGGUGGGCGAGACCUUUCCAGACCUGGUAAAAGGUCAAGUCACUGAGCCACCUCCCUUCUUUUCCAUCCUGCCUGCUUUCUGGUUCACCUGGACUGCGCUGCUGGCUCUCAGCCACCAGUCCCUGGGGAAUCUCCCAUAGGGGGUGAACCUAUUUGUGCAUGUUUGUAACUUUAACCCUAAAACCUUCCUUCAGGGAUCAUCACACUGUGCUCUGCCUGAUUGUGAGCACAACUACUUUUUGUUACUUGUGAAUAGGACUGUGGUGUCUUUAUUCUUUUAGGAGGGAUUCAAGGGGUCUUAUCAGGAAUAAUAGAACAUGUCUCUAUCUGAGCAAGUCAGAUUGAAUUGCUGGUUGUCUUAAGAGAUUCUAAGGAGUCUGCAACCAGCUUCCUGCUGUGUGAUAGGGGAAUGCACUCUGCUAAGUGAAGCAACUUGCUAACGCGAGUUCGGAAAGAUAAUAUUAAUCGGUAUAUCCUCUCCUGUUACCCACAACAUUCCCACACCAGGAUCCAGCUGGAGAGACUCCUAGAACUGUAGAUGGCAGAGUUGUAAUGCAGGGAUCUUAACGGAAGCAAUUAAGCCUCCCUGCUUGCUAUUGGAGGUUUUUAAGCAAGCACUGGGUGGCCACCUGUAAGCGAUGCUUUAGCUGCAAUCCCUGCAUUGCAUGGGGUUGGACUAGAUGGCCCCUGGGGUCCCUUUCUAGAUUCUAAGUUGCCAGAGGCUAAAUUAUGCAGCUGUGUCCCCCCCAAAAAGUGAACACUUCUUUGUUACAUUUGGAGUGAUGAUUUGGGGGGUGGGGUGGGGGGAGCACGAGGGUCAGAGGGUUGCUUUUUCUGCCCCUAAGGCACCCCAGUCCCACCAGCUCACCCACCCCAGUGACUCUGCCCUUCUGCUCUGCUCACAGCCCCCUCCUUCCGCCUCGCCCCCUUCUGCCGCCACCGGGGCCGCCCUCCUCCUGCAGACCCCAUCCGAACCCCAGGACCUGGGUGAGGGCUUCCGAAUUGUGCGUCUGCAGAGGGCCUUCGCUGCCAGCCUCACGCCCAGUGGGCAAAUCCUCAUCCGGGAAUACCUCAGCGGCUGGAAAGAGCUGAUCAAGUGAGUAAGAGCUGCGUCCCCCCCCCCCCCAAAAAAAAGCCAAGGGGGGCUCCGUAGAAGCCACAUUUCCCAGGUGAGAGAUUCUGGCCCAGAUACUAAGCUCCUGGGACAGGCUUGGCAAAGGCAGGGAGGAGGUUUCCAGGUCCCACAGGAAACAGAAACAGAUGAAGCAGCAGCGCAGAAUCCUGGAGCUGGAAGGGAGUCAGGAACCGAGGAAUCCAGAUAGACUGGGCCUGGGCCUGGAGGUUCCUUAAGAGCACCAGAAGAGGCUGGCUGCUGGAUGAGGCCAAAAGGGGCCCGUCUAGCCCAGCACCCUCUUCUCAUAGGGGGCAGCCAGGUGUUCCAAAUGGGAAACCCACAAGCAGGACGUGAAGAAAAGAGCAGCCCUCUCCCCGCCUCUGGUUUCCAGCAAAUACUAUUCAGAAGCAUUGCCUGCCUCCAACUGCACAGGGCAGAGCGUGGCCAUUGUGACUAGGAGCCACCUGUUUGUUCCGUGCCUAGAAAGUAUGGGUUCAGGUAGUUUCCCCCUUGCCUUGCUCCUUUCCCAGGGAAAAGCUGCUCUUUAGUGCUAAAUCAGAACAAACAGCAAUCCACAGAAAAAAACAGAAUUGCUAUUUGCACCUACUGAGUUUUCCCUCUCUCUGUGUGUGGAGCCCUCAGUAAUAAACAGAGCGUUUCCCCAGGAAAAGCAGCAGGACAAACACACAAACCAACCCCUAUUGGACCCCUGACUAGAAGUCAUGGGGGAAAGGGAAGCGUGAGUAUUUACUUGCUUUUUCUCUCUAAACUAAAAACUCCCAAGUUUCACAACCUUUCUUCAUAGAGGAACCCCUUGAGCAUUUCAGUUGCUCUUUUCUGAACCUUUUCCAAAACUGCAAUAUCCCUUUUGAGAUGAGUCGACCAGAACUAGACACAGGUUAAGGUAAAGGGACCCCUGACCAUGAGGUCCAGUCGUGGCCGACUCUGGGGUUGCGGCACUCAUCUGGCUUUAUUGGCCAAGGGAGCUGGCUUACAGCUUCUGGGUCAUAUGGCCAGCAUGACUAAGCCACUUCUGGCGACCCAGAGCAGCGCAUGGAAACACUGUUUACCUUCCCGUCGGAGUGGUACCUAUUUAUCUACUUGCACUUUGACAUGCUUUCGAACUGCUAGGUUGGCAGGAGCAGGGACUGAGCAAUGGGAGCUCACCCCGUCGCGGGGAUUCGAACCGCCGACCUUCUGAUCGGCAAGUCCUAGGCUCUGUGGUUUAACCCACAGUGCCACCUGCAGUACUCCAAAUGUGGUCACACCACAGAUUUGUACAAUGGCAUUAUGACAUUGGCUGUUUUAUUCUCAGUCCCUUUCCUGUUUUCUUUUUUUGCCAAUUUUUAAAAAAUACUUUUCAUUUUUAACCACUGAGUGGUUCCUCAGUUCCUAAUGGCCCUGGCACCCUAGUUCGGUAUUAAGGCGUUAUGGUAUUGGCAGGCAGGAUAUUUUCGGGAGUAGAAAAGGCUACAGAGCGAACCCUCCACAAAUCCGAAGCGGAGUCCCUGAGGCAGUUGGGUGGCGCCUCGUCCGCCUCUUUCCUGCAACUCCUGCAGCCCAGCUGGUGCCCAACAUCUUACUCUGUUUUCCUUUGGACCACUUGAGCGAGGCGGAGGAGAGGGAGAUCUUGUCCUCCGGGCAGCCCAGGACCUCCAAACACUGCCCAGACUUGCGCCCCUGGGGAGGUCCCUUUGGUGCUGCAAAUGCAGCAAGAACAAUGCCAGAGGCAGCAGCAUCUCCACAGCAGGCGCUGCGAGCUCCCCCCCCCCCAAAGGCUCAGUCCUCCAUUGUCUCCCGAGACAAGCGGGUGGGAGCCCACAAUUUCCGCCGCUUCUUUCCUGUUAGACUCCGGCCCCUCUCUCCUUCCUCGCAGGUUCAUGGACUCGCUGGGCGCCGCCUUCGGCCUGAUCUCCGGCGAGACGCGCACCAAGAUCGCCAUCCUGCAGGAGAACCAGCGCGGCCCCCACGGAGCCCACUACCGCACCCUCCAGUCCAUGGUGCGCUUCGAGCUGGCCCGGGGGCUGGUGGGCUUCCAGUCCCUGCCGGCCGGCCGGCCCCCAUCCGGCUGCCGGACCUUCCUGCGCCUCCACCGGGCCUUGAAGUGGCUGGAGCUCUUUCUGCGCAAGCUGGGGACCAGCCCGGAGGACGCGGACCCUUCCCGCAUGUGCGCCGACGCCUACCAGGAAGCCCUGGCGCCCUACCACAGCUGGUGGGUGCGCCAGGCGGCCGCCCUGGCUUUCCUGGCCAUGCCCUCCCGCCGCGAACUCUACCACAUCCUGAGCGCCGGAGGGGGCGAGGAGGGCAAGGGCCCCCGCAGGCUCCUGGACACCGUCCGCAGCAUCGCCCACGUGUACAACGCCACCCAGGAGCUGUAUGCCGCGCACGGGAUGCUGGCGCUGCCCUGAGGCCUCGGCUGACGGCGCCGCCAGAGGAGGGGCCCCAAGGGGGGGGGCAACAGCAGCAGAGGGUCCCUUCCCUGGCAGCGCCUCUUGGGGCUUCUCUGCGGAGGGCACCCAGUCCCAGGGGGACCAAGGCUGGUAGCGCCAGGCGAGGCGACGCUGCAUUGCCAGGCUGACCCCCGGGGAUGCCUUCCGGCUCCAGGGUUCCCUGGGAGGUUUCGAGCAGAGCUUGGGGGGCCACCUGCCAGGAAUGCUUCAGCUGCGAUGCCUGCAUUGCAGGGGGUGGGAUUAGAUGGCCCCUGGGGGUCCCUCCUGACUCUGCUGCGUCAGGAUUAUUCGGUGGACGCCUGGGGGAGGGGGUUUGGCGGGAAGCGCCAGCAUCGCAGCCCCUGCUCAGUCCCCUAAUGCAGCUGUUGACCAGGGAGCAGAAUGAAGCCAAAACGUUUUUGUGAAGGGGACGAUCUUUGAGGGGGAAUUCGGUCUCGUGGCUCCCUCUGCUGGCUGCUCGGAGCUCUGCACCUGCAAGCUCCGCUUCCGCCGCCUAGAAGCCCAGGUUUUAGGGGCAAAUACGGAAGACUGAUAAAAAAUAAAAGUAUUCCUCACCUGUGGGCUCCAUCGUUGCUGAAUUUAAAGGUGCGAAAAAGGUAAAGGACCCCUGACAGUUAAGUCCAGUCGCAAAGACUCUGGGGUUGCAGCGCUCAUCUCACUUUACUGGCCGAGGGAGCUGGUCUUUGUCCGCAGUUAGUUUUUCCAGAUCAUGUGGCCAGCAUGACUGAGCCACUUCUGGUGAAACCAGAGCAGUGCACGGAAACGCCGUUUACCUUCCCGCCAGAGCGGCACCUAUUUAUCUUCAAACUGCUUCAAACUGCUAGGUUGGCAGGAGCUGGGACUGAGCAACGGGAGCUCACCCCAUCGCAGGGAUUCAAACUACCAACCUUCUGAUCAGCAAGCCCUAGGCUCAGUGGUUUAGACCACAGCACCACCUGCGUCCCUUCAUAAAGGUGCUAAAUAGGCUUAAAUGAGCCAGACAUACUCUGUGUGUGCACGUACACACACACACACACACACACACACACAGGGUGAGACUGGUGCCACUGCGUGAC